CAGCAACAGAAUCGACGCCCCUCCUGCCAGCCUUCUUAACGUGAAAUGAAAACACGUUCUAUCGUUCUCAGAAAGUUUCCAACUCCCCCAUCCUUAUCUAAUACAGAAGUAAAUCGCCAUUCCCCUUCUCUCUCUAAGCGUCAUCUAGACAAUCUAGCUUGCUUGUACGAAUAUCAUUCGUUAUACGACCGUUCGUGUCGUAAGUAGUACGAUCAAUAAAUUAAAGAUCUAACCUCAAAAUAAACUUUUCAAUGAGAAAAUAGUGUACAUAAAAUCAUGUUCACUUGGAUUGAUGUUCGGACUAGUGCUAGUAAACAUAUUUCAAGUGUAUAGUGUCAUUUCAAUUUUUCAUUGGAUUAAGUGCCUCUAAUUGUAGUUAUGAAAAUGUGUUAUAUCCUCUACAAUUCUUGUAGUUACUGUCUACACAAAUUAAUAUAGUAUUGAAGUAUUGGGCAUGGCAUUAGCGUGCAAUGUUAGGCUGUAGCGUGGUAUGUCCAAACUGCAAGCACGAAUUCCAGUGCUGUCCUCCGAAUCAACAAUGUUGCAGUACGAGGAGAUCUUUGCACGUGCUAAGUGGAGGUGGUUUGGUGACUACUUUGGCGCCAAACCCAAGUCCAUGUCCUUCCCCACAAGUAUCUCCAAGCGUGCCUCUAUCAUUCAUUCUACCUCCGUUCGCUACCCCCCUGCAGUUUGCCCCAGCGCCAUUAGAAAACAAUUCCGAAACGGAACUUCAAAGACUGUCGGACACCGUACGGGCUCUGCGCCUAUCCGGUUGGUAUUAUGAAGGUAUAACUUAUCAACAAAGCCAUGAACUAUUGAAAGGAACGAGUGUAGGAAAGUUUUUAGUGCGAAAUUCUUCGGACCCUAAAUUUCUCUUUUCUCUUAGUGUUCAAACUGAACGUGGACCUACUUCCGUGCGUUUAUUCUAUACCAACGGGUAUUUUAGAUUAGAUGCCCAAGUUCAUCUCCAAUCAGCGAUGCCGAUGUUUCCUAGUGUUAUUGACUUGAUUCAGCAUUAUGUACAACAAAGUAAGUUGUGUCGUAAUAAUGCACAGGUUUGGGUCGAUCAACAAGGUAAAUGGUACUCUUCCAUAUUAUUAGAAAAACCUGUCAGGAAAAAAUCGAAGCCACCUAGCCUUAAACAUUUGGCUAGAUUGGCCACGCAUAAAGCAUUGCAAGACGCUGCAAAACCUCGUUUAGUGAUGCUACCUCGUCCACAUACUCAGUUGGAAUUACCCAAUUCCUUGAUAGGUUACUUGUCCGAGUAUCCUUUCUAUAUAUAACUUUGAUUGGGCCAAAGACUGGACUGGUCGGUACCUUUACAUACCGACAUCAGGGAACACCAAUAAAAGUAUUCUAAAAUAGCACUGAUUUCGGUGUUUAAUUAGGUAGGUUAACAAAUUGGUAAAAAUAAAACAAUUAAUUCUGUUUGUUGAAUGGAACUUAAAAUUGUACACUGGAAAUAAGUCAAUGUUGAAAUUAUUAAAACAGAAAUUUCAAUAUUACCAAUGAAAGGCUUCCAUUAUUAAAGAUGAUACAUAAUUGAUUAAACCAUUAAUUGAUUCAUUUCAGAUUAACUCUGUACUGGAUAUAUCUAAGAUAUAUCGGUUUUUAAGUAGCAAAUAUUAUGUAACAUUGAUACAUUUCCAUAGUCGAAACUGCUGGUUAGUUUGACUGUUUUAACUGUACAGAAAUUUAAACAAGGUGCCGCAAUUAGAAAUAAACAAAUUUUUCUAAUAUUAUCGUAGGGUAAAAUUAUUUAUUAUAGCAAGUAAUCCUAUAUAUUGUUACUAUAACGAUCUUUAAACUUUUAAAAAUGAGUUAUUGCUAGUUACAUAAUUCUUUUCUAAAACGUGGUGCGUCCAAUAAGGGCCUCGAACCACAUGUGACCCGUAAGACACGAUUUAAUAACCACAACUAUAUAUAAUUUAUAUUCCCACUAAAUGCAUCUAUAAAAUAUUCUACAGUGGUGUAUUUCUAUAGUCAAACCUACUGGCCACUUUAAUUUAUUUGAUUGAAUAUGUUGUCAUAAACAUUGAAAACGAUUACAAUUAUAGAUAUUUUCAAUACAUAGGUAUUCUUUAUUUUAUUUAUUAACAUUUAUAUCCACUCGGAAUGGAAACUGUCAAUGAACCUACACAAUCAAAAGUCUCGGGCCUCCUGAAACUUUUAAGUCUGUUUAUAUUUGGUAAUUUGGUUUCCCUAAGCACACAUGGUAAUUUGGUUUCCCUAAACACACAAACUACAUUGAAGUAAAAAUUAUUUUGUUUGUCAAGAUCUUUGCUAAGUGUUCCUUGAUAGCGAAUAUAAAUAAAUUAAUAAAAACACCAGACCACUCAUCAAGUGUUGCGUCACAGUUAAUAUCUCUAAAAAACUAUUUGCAGGUUUAAGUUGUUCGCUCUGAUGACAAAUAUACUGAUAGCUUUUCAAAAAAAUAGUCAGUAAGAGGAUUCAAGUAGAAAGGCGACUGAAUUCUUGCUAUCUGAAGUUACCAAGUCGGAUACGUGCUUGAAUGAACAUUAAUUUUUCAAGCCGAUCGUCUAUACCAACUAAUCAAACGUGAAUCCUAUUGAAUAUAGCAAACUUCCAAUAAAAUAUCUUUGUCACCUUUCAAAACUCACAUUUAACCUUAAAUGUUUCAUUUAAAACGCUUGCCUAAAGAUUGGCAUAUACUAAUGCCAUUUUAUAAUUUUUCAACAUAUCUAAGCUAUUAAAAAUGUAUCGAAAGGUAGAUUUAAUUGGUCAGUUUUUUCCACGUAGUAAAAAAAUCAAAGGGACAGUAAGGCUCGAUUAAACUGUACCAAUAUAGGUAAUUUUUGGGCUAUCAUGAAAUUCUAUAUUUACCAAAAACUUUUAGUUUUUUCAAAUUAUUUAUUAUGAAAUUUCUUUUGUUGUUUCUUAUUGUCGCACCUGAGAAAAACAAAAAAGUUCUGUAAUAUGAAAAAUAUAUAUUAAGUUCCUCAAAUAUAUUCUUAUUUAUAUUCCAAAUUAUUUUCAUUUGUUUAUUUAUCUAAAUUGCUAAAACCAAUGUUACUAAAAUUAUUGUUUUUUUUUACAUUUAUGAACACUGAUUCACAGUUUGAUGUUUUUAAUAGUCUAAAUAGGGAUAACGAGGUAUAUAGGUACCUAUAUAACUCAAAAAUAAGAAAUGUUCCUACUGUGAAAAUAAAUUAAAUACAUCGCAAUCUCUUAAUACAAACUUCAAACAUAGCAUAAUGAACAAUCAAUUCUAAGAUUAAUAUUACUAUUUUGAUCCCAUUCUGCAUUUCUUUUUGUUUUCUGUUAUUUAUAUACUUUUUAAAAUUCUACCAUUGUCAUAAAAAAUUUUUAAUUCACUUAUAUAAUGUCAAAAUCAAUCUUGUAUAUUGUACUAAUGUGUGUCCUUGGUAUAAGUAACAGUUCCUGAAAAAUAUUUAGUUGCACUUAUUUUGAAAAUAAGAUAGUGGGUAUUGGUACUACUCAGAGAAUAUUGUCAAAUAUUCUAAAUCAAGUUCAUUUUUCCAUCGUAGGAUACCCAAUAUUUUUUGUUUUCAAUCAACUGACAAAACAUGUAAAAUUUUUCUCGAAAUUAAUAUAUACGUACAUAUGACGAAUCUCAAUUUUAAAUGUUGCAUGUUUUUGUCAAACUUGAAACUAUGUACAUAUUCAUCAAAUUCUCAGAUCGUUAUUUUAAAAAUAUUAUCUAAUACUAUAAUUAUAUUUAUCACAGCUGUAGCCAUGAAUCACUACAAAGGAUAUCAUGCACAAAACUUUCUGAUAAACAUAAUUUUCUAAAGAAUAAUUGGGACUGAAUCGAAAAUAACCCUUAACAUUUCUAGGGAGGCUGGAGUUUAAAUUCGAAAAUACGUGUAUGAAUCUAAUCUGUAGCACAAUAGGUGGUAAAAUUAUAUAGAAUAUUUGAGUUAAAUAUAGCAAACACUAUGGUUUAGAUGAACAAUAAUAACUUCCAGCUUGAACGGACAAGCAAUUUGCUUAUAUCAUAUUUUGUUAUGUACUGACUAAAAUCGUGAAAAGCAGCAAUAGUAUGCAUGUAACCAAAUUAUUUUGGAAAUAUAUCCAUAACUCUUACACUAUUGUUAAUGCACUUUCUUCCACAAUUGCGAGCAACUGGAUAGGUGAUUCGCAAAAUAUCCAUAACCGGAAACCUGUUCUUUAAAUUCUGACUUCAAAUUCACUAUGUUUAUUACCAUAUCUCAUUUUAAAAAUUAUAAAACACGAAUUAUCUCUUUGAGACUAUUAGAAAAUAUAAGAAAAUCAAAAACCCCUGCUCCUACCAACAUUACAGUGGUAUCUGUUGUUCGUUUAAUAGUUCUACUAAAACCUGAUUAUUUUAACUAAAAACUGUUAAAGUUGUUUGUUAGUGAUUUUAGCUGAAGUGACAACUUAACGCUAACGCUAAGACUUAAUGCUUUAAUAUAAAACUUUUUUAUUCCCACUGCUCAUUAUUUCACUAAUUAUUUUCACACACAUACAUAUAUAAAUUUUCUCUAAUAAUAUUGUGGAAAAAAGUAAAAUUAAGUUUUUCUGUCCAUAAAUUUAUAUAAGUUUGUUCCGCUGUAACGUUUCCAACUCUAGUGUAGUGUUUGAGCUAGCUUCAGCCUUCUGGUCAGUUUUUUUUGGUAUACCAACUAUAGUUUCUAGUAUAGAGUUUCUUCGUGAAUCCUUCAUAGAUAAUUGAAACUAGCGUAAUAUACGGGUUAUAUUUAUACUAAUUAUACUUGUGUACAGAACAAAUCUAGUCUAAACAAUAGAUGUAAUGAUCUGAUUAUUUGACAAAUAUUGUAAAAAGAUGGACAAACAGAAUUUCUUGAAAGAAUAAAAAUGUAUAAUCGUGAAUGUAUUUAUACAAGGUAAACAUGGGUGUGAAUGCAAUUAGAAUGUUUGUUUUUAGUCUAAAUGUAUUUAUUUCUUUAGAACAAUUAUAUUAUUUAUUAUUAAGAAUAACAUA